GUGGGGUAGGUUCGUUGCUCGUGCGGAUUAAAGUACACUUUUUAUUUACGUUUACAAAAUCGUGUUAGUGUGUCAAACUGAUUAGGAUGUUAGUUUUUCUGUAUCGUACGUUGUUAAUAUAGUGUAGUAAGCGUAAUGUGUUGAUCGUGAAGUGUCGAAAUUUUAAAUUUAGUGGUUUACGAUGGAUGCGAACUCGAAGUAUUACGAGGGCUGUGGGCAGGAAGGGCCUAUACGUUGCAUAUUUCUGUGUGAAUUCCACCCGACGGCCGGCCCCAAGAUAACCUGCCAAGUGCCAGAGAAUUAUAUUUCGAAAGACAUUUUUGAUACGGUCAGCCACUACAUCAUUCCAAAAGUUCAAUUGCAGCGCUGCACUUUGACUGUCACUCUCCUCGGAUCAAAAAUCCUGGGCUUCCCAGUGAGGAUAGACAAUAAGAAAUAUGCCCGCAACGCUUUCUACUUCAACCUGUGCUUUGUUUGCGACGCCUGGGCCCGGACAGUGCACCUGGAGCCCCUAGUCAAGAAGCUGACGGAAUAUCUUUUGUCGAUGGAGCUAGAAACCGAAUGGCUGUCAAAGCAGUCAGUGUCGGGCGAGGCGGGCGCACUAGCGGCGCUGAUGCGGCAAGUUAUGCAGGACAUCAAUAGCAAACGAAUGUGCACACUCACUGUGGGCACAACAACGACACACCUCACCGUCGUGAGGGUAAACAGCGACCCGUCGCCCGUGAAGGACCAUCAGGUGCCCGUGUUCCUGUACAGCAGGCAGAGCUUCGUGGCGGACCAGUGGGACCUCACCACCAAUCAGAUCCUCCCGUACAUCGACGGGUUCAACCACGUGUCGAAGAUCGCAGCUCUGACGGACGUGGAAAUCAGCUUGGUGCGCGCGUGUGUCCAGAACCUCGUCUACUACGGUGUGGUUACUCUAGUGCCCAUCUUCCAGUACUGUGCUGUGUACAGUGCGACGCCCAAGUUAAGACAGCUGACGAGAUGCGCAGGCCUACAGAGGCAGUGUGUAGAAUUUUGCGCGAGAUCAUCACGCCAACUCCCAAAAGUGUCAGACCUUUUCCGCAUGUACGCUGGUAUGACGUACGGAAGCACCGUGCGAGACCUGUGCCGGCGCGUGCGGCCGCAGGAGCUGGCCGUGGACGAGCGCAGGCUCGUGCUGUUUGGUGUGCUGGAGGGGCUGAUCCGGCGCGUCUACAAGUACCCAAUCACAAUGCACGACGACGCGUCGUCCCUGGCCAGUGAACACAGCCAACCGCUCGUGCGCACCUACAACGGACUAGUCUGUCUCGACGAGCUGUGUUGCCAGGGCGGGCUCACCGCGCAACAGUUGGAAGAACAAUUAGAAAGGGAUACUAAUGUUGUGUUCAUUGUCAAGUGAUCUAUACAGCGGCUGUUUCUGAACUGUGUUAA